CUGCCCCAUUCUGUCAAAACUCUGUAAGCAAACUUUUGUGUGUUGUGUGCGUGAGAGAGAUGAAGAUAGAGAGUGUGAAGCUAAGUGAAGGUCUGAAUCAUUGUGAUGAUCAUCAUGUCCACAAUGUGGUCAAGAAGGAAGUUGUGGAGGAGGAAGAGCAAGGUUAUGCUUGCAAAUGGCCAACAUCAGAGCAGAGUCUCAAAUCUAUGGCAUACUAUUUGAAUCUGACCAAGUUGUCUGACAACCCCCAAACCCUCUGUCCCUCCAUUUCUUCCAUGGUUUAUCUCCCUAAAACUCUCUAUUUCUCUCUUCUCCUCUCUGAAUUUUCAUAAUUAAAGUUGAAUCUGGUUUGCUUUCUUCAGGGCAAACAAAAGAAGCCCAAUGAAAUCAAGGACAAGAAGUCUCCAAUGAGGACGAAGGAACGUCCGGGUUCGAUACCAAAGCAUGCAGUACCUGAUCAUGAAAGAAAGUCUAUGAGGUGUAAGCGAAAAAGGGCUACAAAAAAUGCAUUAAAUAGUCCCGGUAAAGUUAAGUCAUCCAUUAUGAUUCAAGCCGAGCAGAUUCAAUUGAGUCUAGGUACUGAAUUUCCUAGCUUUGUGAAACUGAUGGUCAAAUCACAUGUUUCCACUUGUUUUAUGAUGCGAUUUCCUAUAUCAUUUUGCAAGUCGCACCUACCAAAACAAAAUUCUAUCAUCAUUUUGGAAAUGGAAAGUGGGGAACAAUACAAGUUGAAAUUCAUUGCAGAUGAGCAAGGGCUUAGUGCAGGGUGGAGCAAGUUUGUUACUCUACACAAAUUGCUUGAGGGGGAUGUUUUGGUCUUCCAAUUAAUCGAGGCUAACAAAUUUAAGGUGUACAUAAUAAGGGCAUAUGAUUUUACUGAGGUAGAUGGUGCACUUGGCCUUCAAAAUUUGGUUGCUCAUACAAAACAAAAUGAUUCAGGUUAGUUCACUGAUAAUCUCUCUUUGGUAAUUCUGUUAUUAGUUAGCAUAGCUAAGACAGUUGUUAUUUGAUAGUUAAUUUUCAUUGUACGUCUAAGCAAUGAGGGUACAAUAGCUCUCAAGAACAAGAAGAGGAAGUGUUUGAAGUCUCUUCCAUUAGCUAUGGUCCAAAAGAAGAAUAAAAGCAGGCUUGUUAAA